AUGACGUCGAAAGGGCCAACGAGCGAGACGACAGCGCUGGCGAAAGCCAAGCAGAACGUCUCCUUCCUCAUCAAUCCGUCCAACAAGACCGUCGCACCCACCCGAUUCCGCACCCGAGCCUUACUUCGGACUGUACGCUACAUCGCCGUCUUUCUUUUCUGGCGACUGGUACGCUAUGCAAAGUAUGCAGCCAUAGGUUCAGCCGUCGCUUUUGCAGGAUCUGGCGUACUCGGUACUGUCACCGGUGGCGCUGGCUUCCUGCUCGCUCCCCCGGGCAUCGUGAGCGGCGCUUUGCUCGGGAUCGGAUAUGGCGCUCUCAAGAUCGGCUGGAAAGGGUUCAGGACGGGCAUCAAGCGGGCGCACGAGGGAGACGAGGUGGGCAGUGUGAGAGCUGCAGAGCGAGAGGAAGCAAGAGGCGAACGGACAGCUCGACCUAGAGAUCCAUCGCGUUCAGACCCGUUCAUCUGA